AAUCUAUUGAUGAACGCAAUACACAAUUAUGACUGACAGCUCCAGUAGUGGUAAAAUAGAUAUAAAUGGUUAUACCAUUUGGUACGAGAGGUUCGGAAGUGGACCCAAACCAGUGCUUCUCAUACCCGGUGCUAUAGGGACGGGAAGAACGGAUUACUGGGAACAGGUGGAGGGCGAGGACGCUCUGGACUUGGAUGCCUUUACCCUGAUUGCGGUCGAACCCAUGGGUUGGGGCCGAUCGGGUCCACCCGCGCGACGCUAUGACAUCAAUAUGUACAACAAGGACGCAGACAUCUAUGAGACUCUCAUGAAGCAUUUGGGAUAUAAGCAUUAUUCGGUGAUCGCGUGGUCAGACGGAGCAAAGAGUGGCAUAACUCUAGCCAUCAAAUACUCGGAUUCAGUAAACGCUAUUGUAUUAAUCGGAGCGUCCAUUUGCGCGUCCAGACAAGCCGUUCAGUUCCUCAAUACCAUUAUUAAGACAGAGGAUUGGAGUGCGGAUCGACUUAACUCUUACCUCAGGAGUUAUGAAAGUCGUGAAAAGAUACAGGACUUGUGGACCAGAUAUGUUAAGUCUACGGAAUAUCACGACCAGUACUUCGGCAAUGAU